AACCAGAGUGAAUAUCGCCCUCUGGCACGCGCGCACGGCUUUCGCUCUUCGCCGCCGCCGCCGCCGCCGAUCGCGUCUAUUUCGGUGCCGAUAUCGCGUCGUCAUAUAUAUAUAUAUAUAUAUAUAUAUAUAUAUAUAUAUGUGUAAUAAUCGCCGAUGACGAUAUAUCGCACUCCGCGCGAUUUCCGCUAUUCGUCGUCGUAACACCCGUCGCCCGUCCGAGUCGGUCUCGUAGUACAUAUUUUCAUUCGGUUUGGCCCCGUCGGGUUUUUUCGAUUUUCGUUUCAAAAAAAAAAAAAAAACACUUUUUCCUCGACCGAACCCCGAGGCGACCGCGCGUCUUCGCGGCGUUCACGGUUUCGCGGUAAAGGGUCGCCGAAUAAUAUUAUUGUUGUCGUCGUCGUCGACGGUAGUUGGCCGCCGUACGGGCCCGGGUGCGUCCGAUAGUGUAUAGUGGACUGUCGCGGUCCGCCGAGCAUAAUAAUUUAUUAUAAUAUCGUUAAGUCGCCGAUCGCGCGUUUUGCGUCUCGUCGGCGACCGCCCGCGGGACGGUGGUGAAAUCUUCGCCGACGGAGUAGUGACCGACGACGACGACGGCGAUAUCAUCGUAAUUAUUAUGAUGCCGAGGGCUUGAACAAGGGACCGUUCGUUGGUAAACCGAUAGUGGUGGUAUAAUAAAGGCACGCGGAGCAAUCGCCGUCGCAUCGACAACGCAGAAUAUGGGAACAAUAUUUGGUGUACACAAUCGGCUUCAUAUGGCAGCAGGAAUAUUGCUAUCUAGCUAUUUCAUCAUAGUUCAAACAUCAUCUAUUCGAAACGAAAAUACUACAAGUUAUAACGGUAACACGAUUACAGAUGCAGAAGAAGAGACGGAAAAAAUCAGUCCAUUUUGGUCGUUUAAUGACACCGUUGACUUGACAAAAUAUGAACAGUUUGAUCAUCAACGUUUUAUUGAGACUGUGUUGGAUCCUGAAUUAGUCCAACCAACAACAUCUACUGUGCCAAAAAUAAAAACAUCUCCACAUACAAGACGGAGAAACUCCACUAAAACUCAACAACCAAUAUCGCCUCCAGUAUUUGAGGGUCCAGCAAUAUCUAAUGUGACAGCUAGAUUGGGCGAAAGCACGUUUCUGUACUGCACAGUCCAAAACCUGAAACAGAGACCGGUAUCAUGGGUUCGUCGUCGAGAUUGGCAUAUACUAAGCUCCGGUGUUUUUAUGUACACAAAUGAUGACAGAUUUCAUGUGAUGCAUGCAGACAACGCAGAUAAUUGGGAUUUACAGAUCAAAUAUGUACAAAAGAGAGAUGCUGGUUCAUAUGAAUGCCAAGUGGCAAUGGGAACGGGUAUUGCUUCGCAUUACUAUAACUUGGAAGUGAUUGUACCAACGGCUCGAAUUCUAGGAAGAGAAGAGUAUCAUAUUGGAAAAGGAAGCACAAUUAAUCUCAUAUGUGUCAUAGAAAAUGGAUCCUCGUCAACAAGAAAUGUCGUUUGGGUUCAUAAUGGAAUUCCUAUAUAUAAUAUUAAAAAUAACAAGAAAGAUGAUCCUAGUCCAAUUUUGGUAACUACUGAAGUCAUACAACCUGACAAUACCAUUCAGAGUAGGUUAUUUAUUCGAGGGGCAUCUCCGUCAGCUUUGGGAAAUUACACAUGCACAGCGCCAUACACCGAACCUGACACGGUCAAUGUUUACGUGAGCGAAGAAGGAGACAAUAUCGCUGCAAUUCAAAGACACGGAACUUCAUCGAGUGCCUCUUGUGUUUUUAUAAUACACAUUGUAUUCCCGAUGAUAGUUGUAUUACAGAGGAUUGUAAAAUUCAUUUGAAAUGAAUAAUUAUGUACAUAAUCAUAUUAAUCUGAUAUGGAACAAACAUCAUUUAUAAAAUAGCUGCGAAGUCGUACAAUAAUGAUGAAUUGUUUAACAUUACUCUUUUGCUGAAUUACAGUUUUUGAGUUAUCGUGAAUAUAUUUAUAAACAUAAGUGUUAAUUAAAUAUUCAUGCUAUAAAUUUCAGUAUUUAAGUUUUUUUUUUUUUAUAAAAAUAUAUAAAUAUAUUAAUGUAAAUUAUAAUAAUUUAUCGGUUUAAAAUGAAAUAUUUACUAAAUUCUAUAUUGUAGUAUACCGGAGAAAUGAGAAUGUAAAAGAAAAGGAUAAACAUGGUUCCAAAUGAAAUGAGAAUAUCUUCAAUAUAAAUUAUCUUUCUAUAAAGUUAAGAAUUUUGUUAUCCAAUUCACCAUAUAAAAUUUAUAUUAUGUUUUAAUUAGACAAAGCUAAAUAUUGUGAUUCCUAACAUAAAUGGUUUUUUUUAUAUAUAUUAUAUUAUUGAUUAUAUAAUUUAUGUUUAUAUUAAGUAUUUUUAAAAAUUGUACUAAGUUUUUGUUAUCAUUAUUACAAUACAAUUGUUUUAAAUAGUUUACUAUAGCUUAGUUAACUAAAAAUGUAUAAUUAAAAUCCGUUAUUGUUAUUGUUUGAACCAUGUUAUAAGCUGACUAUGCUGUUAUGAAAAAAUAUCACCAUUACUUUCUUACGCUAUAUAAUAAUACACAGAAAAUAGGUAAACAAAAAAAUGUGUAUGGUUUUACGUCCAAAUGUAUCUAUGAAUAUUGUCAUAGUAUAUUUUCCCAGAAAAAAAUGUUAUACUUUAUUUACCCGUGUAUCUUUCUUAUAAUUUAAUGUAUAUAAUAAUAUAAUAUAAUUAAUUUGUUUUAUUUAUCAAUGAAAAUGUUAAAAAUGUUAAAAAUCAGUGUGACUUCUAUGGCAUGAAGCCGGCCACUCGAUUAAUGUCUAGUGUUGUAAAUAAUUAGUUUUCAAAACUUGAAUGUUGUUUUGAAUUUAAUAAUAUAACGUUGAACAGAUGAAUAA